GCUAUGUGUGAAGCGAUGUGUAGGGCAUGUGGCGCUCUGUCUCUGGCGGAAGUAGAGCAGUGGGCGGGGCGUGGUGUUAAAUGCCGGGGCCUUGUCAGGCAGGUGGAUGCUGAGCUGAGGAGGAUGGAGGGUUCAGCCACUAAGGGGAUAGAGGUGAAGUCCCGGGCUAAGCAGUAUGAGAAGCUGGAUUUCUUGGGGGAGGGGCAGUUUGCUACAGUCUACAAAGCCAGGGAUAAGAACACAGAUAAGAUUGUUGCAAUAAAAAAGAUUAAGUUGGGUCACCGAGCUGAGGCCAAUGAUGGGAUAAAUCGAACAGCCUUGAGGGAAAUCAAACUUCUUCAAGAAUUAAGUCACCCUAAUAUUAUAGGGCUUUUGGAUGCUUUCGGACAUAAAUCAAACAUAAGUCUGGUAUUUGAUUUCAUGGAAACAGAUUUAGAGGCCAUUAUAAGGGAUACCAGUCUAGUCUUGACUCCAGCGCACAUAAAGUCUUAUGUGCUGAUGACUCUUCAGGGCUUGGAGUAUUUGCAUCAUCUCUGGAUCCUGCAUAGGGAUUUAAAGCCAAACAACUUGUUACUGGAUGAGAAUGGAGUCCUUAAACUGGCUGAUUUUGGUUUGGCCAAAUCAUUUGGAAGUCCAAACAGAGUGUACACCCACCAAGUGGUAACGAGGUGGUAUCGGUCUCCAGAGUUACUAUUUGGUGCCAGAAUGUAUGGUGUGGGUGUUGACAUGUGGGCAGUCGGCUGUAUUUUGGCAGAGUUGCUGCUAAGGGUGCCUUUUCUGCCUGGGGAUUCUGAUUUGGAUCAACUCACAAGGAUAUUUGAGACAUUGGGUACUCCAACAGAAGAUCAAUGGCCUGGCAUGUCUAACCUGCCAGACUACGUUACCUUUAAAAGCUUUCCAGGAACAGCACUAGAUCAGAUAUUCACUGCUGCAGGAGAUGACCUGCUAGAACUCUUACAAGGUUUAUUCACAUACAGCCCCUGUGCACGGUACACAGCCUCACAGGCACUAAAGAAAAAAUAUUUUAGUAACAGACCAGCACCAACACCUGGACAUUUGCUGCCAAGACCAAACUGCUCAGUAGAGGCAUUAAAAGAGCAACAAAAUCUUACCCUGGGCAUUAAGAGGAAGCGAGUGGAAGGUGCAGAACAAAAAGACAUUGUAAAAAAGCUGAACUUUUGACAAGAUUGGAACAUAUCUGCUGUACAUAGAAGUGCUGCUAUGAACAUGAACUCAAGGUGUUAAAGAUCAUUGUAAUAUAUUGUACAUUAAUGUGGUGCUUUUGUUAGUAAACAUAUUUUUGUGAAUAAAUUGGAUUUUUUCCUUUUUAAA